CGAGGAGGCUCCGUCCGCGCGGGCCUUCGCUAGGAGACUCGAGGCAGAGCCCGUCGCGCCCGUACCCCUGCAGAGUCCCGGCGGCCUGGGCCCGGCGGCGGCGCAGAAAGUUUUUUUGUGAAGAAAUGGCCUCCAGCAUUGGAAACGAAAAGAGUGUGAAUCCUGUGCUUAGAAUAAGUCAACUUGAUGCUCUUGAACUAAACAAAGCCCUGGAACAACUAGUGUGGUGCCAGUUUACCAGCUGUUUUCAUGGAUUUAAACCAGGGGUCUUGGCUCAUUUUGAACCAGAAGUAAAAGCAUUUUUAUGGCUUAUAUUAUGGAGAUUCACUGUCUAUUCCAAGAAUGCAACUGUGGGACAAGCUAUUCUGAAUAUUCAGUACAAGAACAACUUAUCUCAGACAGAGAAAUACCAACCUCUGAGCAAACACCAGAAGUUAUGGUAUCUUAUUUUCACUGUUGGUGGAAGAUGGUUGGAAGAAAGAUAUUAUGAUUUAUUUAGCAAUCGUCAACUGCAGUCUUUCUGCAAAAUUAAGAGGUAUAUUAACUUUGGAGCUGGACUUCUUAAACUCUGUGGACUUCUAAAUUUUCUGAUUUUUCUUCAGAAAGGAACAUUUGCAACGCUUACAGAACGCAUUCUAGGAAUUAGGUCAGUUUUUUGCAAGCCGCAAAGUGUUCGUCAGGUAGGAUUUGAAUACAUGAACAGGGAGCUUUUAUGGCAUGGCUUUGCUGAAUUUCUUAUCUAUCUGCUACCACUUAUUAAUGUACAGAAACUAAAACUUAAAAUUUCUUCUUGGUGUUUGCCUAUCGGAGGUCUUUCCAAUAGUGAAAACGCAUUAGCAGCUCACUGCAAGGAAUGUUCACUAUGUGGGGAAUGGCCUACCAUGCCUCAUACCAUAGGCUGUUCGCAUGUUUUUUGUUACUACUGUAUUAAAAGUAACUAUUUAUUUGAUAUGUAUUUUACAUGUCCUAAAUGUGGCUCAGAGGUACACAGUCUUCAGCCACUGAAAUAUAAAAUUGAAAUGACAGAAUUGCAUGCCUAAUAUGAGGUUGAUUUGGUUUUAUACUGUACAUGAAAUAUUAGGUUGAAGAGAUUAAUGGAAAAAUUCAGAAAUUAUUGUAAACAGAAAGCUUAAAGAUGGUUUUGGAGACUAUAAUUUGUCGUAACAUAUGUCUUUACUGGUCUUAGAUUUUUACUGAGUAACAGUGCCAACUUGCCUCUCUGAAGGAAAGAAAACAAAGGGAUUCGCCAUCUCUUCUACUCUCUCAGACUGCUUGAUCCCAGUUUGGUACCCCUGUGUUGUCAAGUCAUUCCUUCUUACAUCUGGAGUCUGUCAGCUUACCACUUCCUAACUGCAUGCUAUAUACUUCCCUCAAAGAUAGAGAAGAUGCCCAAUAAGCUUUUACCCAUUUUGUGGAUUUUCUUAAGCUUACUGUAAAAGCUUCUGCCAUAUACCAACUUAGCUAGUAGAUGGAUUUAGUGGGAAAGUCAUCCUUGUCAUGCCUAAAGAAUAAUUUUAAAUUUCAGUAUUUUGAAUUUGAAUUCCCAGUGUGAUGUUCCACUGCAAAAAGGAAAGGUGUAAGAUGAAUUGUCAUCUCAGCAGAUUAUUAAUAGUUUUCAUCAUAUUCAGCCACCAUAACAGGCCAUACUCUUUCUCUAAAUCAGAAUUGCUUUCUUACCAAUAGACCAUAAGCUUUAAGUGAUCCGUCUGGUAGACAGAUAGAUACUCAAUAGUUAACAUGCCUGCAGGAGAUAUAACCACUUCCUGUGCAAAUACGGUACGCCUUCUAGACCUUCCUGAGAUGACUGAACUCAUUUUCUCGGUCAGCUAUAUGUCUGUGAUCUUCAGUGAUGUAUAUGUGACCACCUCCCAUUUCUUCCCUAUAAAGCUGAGGGACGCAGUCCAUCAUCCAUUGGAAUGUGGCAGCUGCCCAAGGUAACCCACAUUCUUCUGAGUGAGAGACACUGGAGAAAACUGUACUCACAAGAUGCUGUCUUUGGGACUUGCCAUUUGUCUUUUUUUAGUAUGGUCAAGGUGGGUGCCAAACCUCACUAAUAGCUCACUACUGCACAGAAAAAAGAUCAAACACAGUUAUGUGCAUGUAGACAUAUUAAAAAAAUAGGUAACUCUUCCUGGUUUUUACUAUUACUAUUUGCUUUCUCUGUUGGCUUUGCAAUGUUUUUGUUAUUCCCUGUUUUAACACUUUAUCCAUUUAUUCUCUGACUUGAUUUUAUAAGAUUUAUUAUUUUUUUGAAAAUUGCAGUCCUUUUUUUAACAAGAGGCCUUACCUAGUAGUGUCUCAUUAACACAAAAAUACAUGGCAUCCUUUUUUGACUCUUAAAUCAAAUUCCCAAAAACUUAUACAGUUAAAUUGAGUAAAUCACUUUAUGGUGGCUGUGUUCUUGAUUGGCUAUCAUCAAUAGUCCCAAAAAUAGUAUGGUAGCAACUGAUCCAAUAUCUUUGAUCUGCUUUUAUGAAAUGGUUUAUUACAUUCUUCAGUGUCUGAUUAAAACAACCCACCAGCCUAUUUGUUUGAAGGUCUUAAAUUCUAAGUUUUGAUCUUUAGAGUGACACGCAGCGCUUUCAUCUGAUGCAAUUAUAGUUAGCGGGUUUCUAAGUAUCUUUGGGCAGCCCAAAACUUCAUUAAUUCUGCUACUGUUCUGUGAGUCAACAGAGACUUCAGAGCAACUGCUUCCAGAUACUGUGCCGCAAUAUAUUACUUGCCAUCAAACGUGUGUAUCAGCAGCCUGCCAAAUUUCUGUUAUUCGCUGUUGCAAUUUGAACCCGCAGCUACAAAUCUGUCUGUAUUAGGAGUAUCAAAACUGGCAAGUCUGUUGGAGAAUAUCCUGGAGUCACUUACUGGUCCUGAAGUGAUUCUGUAUGAAUUGUCCCUCCACAUCACUUAAUAGUUCUUCCCAAAGAAAUGUAUUAGCAACCCUGACUUCGAGGUGUUCUAAUGUCUCCAGAAAGGAUCAUCAGCAUUUCUGCUACCUCUCUAACUCUCCUUAUUAAUUAAGAUUUGUACACAUCCAAAAUCCAGUGUUAGUAGUUUAUAAUCAUUGCAGACCUUUGUUUCCUGUGGACUUCAUUCCUUCUGAAGUCACAGUGCAGUAUUGUGUCAAAAGAGCAUGAAUUUUCUCUAUUGGACUCUGUUAGGUGUCCUGUUCUUCUUACGUAGGAGUUAACUUCUUUCCUAUUUAGAAAUGUUUCUUUUUCCUGAAUAUUGAAAGAAUGUUAUCUUCCUUUUUCAUUCCACCUCUCUUUAUCCUGCUGUUUGGUUUACUUAAGCUGUAUGAAUUUCCUGAGGCUUGUUUUGUCUCUUGCAGCUUCAUGCAGGUGAAAUUCUAGUAAAAUGUAUACUGUUUUUCAUCCUUGUUACAGUAUCAGUACAAAACCUGUUUCCAGAAGUUUUGUACCUCUAUUGUACAGCUGUUUUCUGCUGGCUGUGCUGUAUUGCACUUGGCUUCCCUGUUUUUCUUCUGGAAUUGAACUUUUGAUACCUAACUUAUGAUGCCUUAUUAUACCAGAACAUUGGCCUACUACUGUAGUACCUCAUCAUCAGUGUGUUAGGUUUGGAGCCCAUAGCACUGACCAAGUUUGUAAAGUCUAUGUCUUGUGGCAUAAAUAAACAGUUUGCGUUACCCUAAGAUCCUAGAUCCUAAGGUGUGGCUUUAAUUCUUUUAUUUUCCAUGCAAGUAAGCAGGUACUAUGCCUCUCACAGAAAUAGAAGGUUUGGGAAGAGAGUGGUUCCUU